CGCUUUUUGUUCCUCCGCCGCGGGAGCAACCGGCGGGGACUCCUUUCUUCCUCGGGUUUCUCCGCCUCCCCCCGCAGAGUCCCGUAAAAGCAACAGAGGUGACUGGGCCGCGCGAGCCGGCUGGUGUCCUUCCGCCCGGCCGAGGGCACUCCUUUUCGUGUCUUCCCACCGUGCCCGGGCGGCGUCCGGGCGGCUCACCGGGGGCGGCGACGCGACUGCGGCGCGGUCGGCGAGGCUCCGGGGCUAUGAGGUGAGGGCGCCCGGGUACAGGAGGUGGCAGCGCGGCGCCAGCCCCUGGGACACGAGCCUCGAAGCUGGCGGCGGCCUCUGGGACCCCGCGGCCGCGUGCGAGGCGAGUUGCUAUUCAAAGCACAAGCUAUGAGCAAGACCCAAUAAGUCCUUCCUCAGAGCCUGGGGGCAUUGAAGAGCUCAGCAUGAUAGGACCGGCUGGAGCCCAGGAGAGAACAUUGAAAUUAUUCUCUAAGCUAUUUGAAGAGAGUGACUAAAUGCACCUGGGUCAGGCUGUCUGUGGGUAUGAAGUGGUUGGGAGAAUCCAAGAACAUGGUGGUGAAUGGCAGGAGAAAUGGAGGCAAGUUGUCUAAUGACCAUCAGCAGAAUCAAUCAAAAUUACAGCACACGGGAAAGGACACCGUGAAGGCUGGCAAAAACGCAGUGGAGAGGAGGUCGAGCAGAUGUAAUGGUAACUCAGGAUUCGAAGGACAGAGUCGAUAUGUACCAUCUUCUGGAAUGUCCGCCAAGGAACUCUGUGAAAAUGAUGACCUAGCAACCAGUUUGGUUCUUGAUCCCUAUUUAGGUUUUCAGACACACAAAAUGAAUACUAGCGCCUUUCCUUCGAGGAGCUCAAGGCAUUUUUCAAAAUCUGACAGUUUUCCUCACAACAACCCUGUGAGAUUUCGGCCUAUUAAAGGAAGGCAAGAAGAGCUGAAGGAAGUAAUUGAACGUUUUAAGAAAGAUGAGCACUUGGAGAAAGCCUUCAAAUGUUUGACUUCAGGCGAAUGGGCGCGACACUAUUUUCUCAACAAGAACAAAAUGCAGGAGAAAUUAUUCAAGGAACAUGUGUUCAUUUACUUGAGAAUGUUUGCAACUGAUAGUGGAUUUGAAAUACUGCCUUGUAAUAGAUACUCAUCAGAACAAAAUGGAGCCAAAAUAGUUGCAACAAAAGAGUGGAAACGAAAUGACAAAAUAGAAUUACUGGUGGGUUGUAUUGCCGAACUUUCAGAAAUUGAGGAGAACAUGCUACUUAGACACGGAGAGAACGACUUCAGUGUCAUGUAUUCCACAAGGAAAAACUGUGCUCAGCUCUGGCUCGGCCCUGCCGCAUUUAUAAACCAUGAUUGCAGACCUAACUGUAAGUUUGUGUCAACUGGUCGAGAUACAGCAUGUGUGAAGGCUCUGAGAGAUAUUGAACCUGGAGAAGAAAUUUCUUGUUAUUAUGGAGAUGGGUUUUUUGGAGAAAAUAAUGAGUUCUGCGAGUGUUACACAUGUGAAAGACGAGGAACUGGUGCUUUUAAAUCCAGAGUGGGACUGCCUGCGCCUGCUCCUGUUAUCAAUAGCAAAUAUGGACUCAGAGAAACAGAUAAACGUUUAAAUAGGCUUAAAAAGUUAGGUGACAGCAGCAAAAAUUCAGACAGUCAAUCUGUCAGCUCUAACACUGAUGCAGAUACCACUCAGGAAAAACACAAUGCAACUUCUAGCCGAAAAGCUUCCGUUGGUGUGAAAAAGACCAGCAAGAGCAGGACGUUAGCAAGGCAAUCUGUGUCAAGAACUCCGGCUUCUUCCAGUUCUACCUCAUCCAAGCUAACUCAUAUUCAUAAUUCCAGGGCACCAAAGAAACCGCAACAGCCUGCAAAGCCUUUACUUUCGAAGGUAAAAUUAAGAAAUCAUUGCAAACGGCCGGAGCAGAAGAGUGCUUCACGAAACCUCGAGAUGGGAAACUUAGUCCUUAAAGAGCCUAAAGUAGUUCUAUAUAAAAAUUUGCCCAUUAAAAAAGAUCAGGAGCCAGAGGGACCAAUACCAGCCACAAUGGCCAGUGGGUGCUUAACCAGACAUGCGGCAAGAGAGCACAAACAGAAUUCGGGGCGAGGGGCCCCUUCGCCGGGGGAGGGCGCCCCCAGCACCUACACAACCAGGCGAUCUGCACGGACGAGAAUGAUUUUGAAGGAGCCCUCUGACAUCAAGCUUGAACCAAAUACGUCGGACGACUAUGAAAGCAGCCUGACUGAGCCUUGCCCAGAGAGUGGCGAGCAACCACCUCCUGCGACACAGGAAGAAGAACUGGUGCAUGACACUGCACACAACGGGGAGGCGACGUGUCCGAGGAGUGACAGCAGCAUUGCAAAAAAGAAGUCACGGCAAGGGAAACUUGUGAGACAGUUGGCAAAGGCGGGGGAGUCCACUCCGGAGCACAGUCCCCCUGGGAAAGCCGGUGUGGUACCCAGCGUGCUGGGGUCCCUCCCCGAUCAGGGUGAGCACAGCGGCUCGGAGGGGCUGCCCGGGAGCUACAUGGAUUGGGCCCCUUCGCCUGUUGAUGGUUCGGUGGUGACAUCAGAUAGCUUCAAAACAAAAGACGGCUUCAGGACUGCAAAGAGUAAAAAGAAGAGGCGGAUCACAAGGUAUGACGCACAGUUAAUCCUGGAGAAUAACUCUGGGAUCCCCAAAUUGACUCUUCGCAGGCGUCACGAUAGCAGCAGCAAGACAAACAAUCCAGAGAAUGAUGGGAUGAAUUCUUCCAAAAUAAGCAUCAAGUUAAGUAAAGACCAUGAAAAUGAUAAUAAUCUCUACGUAGCAAAGCUUAAUAACGGAUUUAACUCAGGACCGGGCAGCAGUGCCACAAAAUUAAAAAUCCAGCUCAAACGGGACGAGGAGGGUCGGGGGCCCUGUGUAGAGGGGCGUCACGAGAACGGGGUGUGCUGCGGUGACCCGCUUUCUCUCCUGGAGUCGCAGAUGGACGUCGAUGACUACAGUCAGUACGAGGAAGACAGUACAGAUGACUCCUCCUCCUCUGAGGGGGACGAAGAGGAGGAUGAUUACGACGAUGACUUUGAAGAUGACUUUAUUCCCCUCCCUCCAGCCAAGCGACUGAGGCUAAUAGUUGGGAAAGACUCAAUAGAUAUUGACAUUUCUUCCAGGAGAAGAGAAGAUCAGUCUUUGAGGCUUAACGCAUAAGCUCUGGGUCUCAAUUUGACCUGGGAUAAACUACUUACAAAUAAAAAAUUCCAGUGUAUUAUUCCUCAACUGAAGCAUUUUAGCGGCAGCACUUCUCUCAUUUCUUCACUUAUCGGCAUAACACAUAGAAAGUGUACAGCAUACUGACUUACCUGAAGUCUGAUUUGUGCACAUUUUUAUUGUACUUUUUGAAUAGCCUCCUUACGUGCAAUUCCGAGUUAGAGGGAGAGCCCUGUUGUAAAGUAAAGGCUCAGCAAACUACAGUGAUAGCAACUUUCCACACGACGUUGAAAACAAUAAUGUGGCUACACAAUUUUUUUAACUUGUAAGAGCAUCAACUGGCUCUUUAAUAUGUGACUAAAUAAUAACUUAAACCAAUCCUAGUAGCAGCAUAUUAAGGUUUUCUAGUCCAUGCUAAUAUCACCAGCAAUGAUCUUUGGCUUUUUGUUUUAUUUGCUAGAUGUUCCCCCCUUGGAGUUUGAUCAGUUCCACACUGUUUGCUGGCCAGGUGUACUGUGUGUGGCCUUGGUUAAAUAGCAGACCAUCAGUUGGGAGUCAAAUUGGUUUAUUAUUAUUAUUU